GGAACCAAUUUCAAAUGACAGUUAAAUGGACCAAUCAUAUCUCCUCUGUGAGUGGGUUGGCUUUGUUAUCACUAACUUCACUACAAUUUCCGCCCGCAGCAGGGCGCACCAAUCACGCUAGCUUCGGAUUUACCUGCAAAGCCAGCUUGCAGGCGUUUCGCACGUUAGAAACCACGAGUGUCGCUUCAGGUGGACGGGAUAACCUGCAGAAGUGGUAUCCACGCCGUUUUCUGGAUUAAUUUAUUAAGAAAGUUGGACUGAAUCGGGAAAGGGAGCCUUACACUACAUUGAUGAGAGGCAUUCAACUCCAGCAAAUACAAGACAUACCUGUUGACUACAAGUUAAACCAGCAAAGCCGCAGCUUGAGGAUGGAGCCGUCUUCAGCACCUUCACAGCCAAUCAAAGUCAUCAAUCCGUUCCUGCCUGAUGUUGGUUGUCUUGGGGACAAGGAAAGAAGGCAGGCUCUCAAUGAAGCAUUGAGCAUGCUGCCUCCACAUCUACAUCUGCUUUUAAACCUCUGGAGCAUCAGCUGUCAUGCGUUCAUAGGGCCAGCUGUCGCUGACAAACUAGGACCCUUCAGCUACAACAUCCAGAGGAGACAAGAGACCAAAAAAAGGUGAAGGCUUCCAGUAUCUGUCCGUGUUCAAAUGACUGCUACUCCUCAUUUGCCUGAAAACAACAGUGUGCAAGACUUUGUUUGCUCAUACAAGGUUCAAAAACCUGAUUAAUCGUCAACCUAAAGUUCUGGUCCGGACGUCAAUAUGGGCCUCUGGGAUCGCUCAUCACUUCUGUCACCUGGCCUAAGGCUGGCAGUAGUCACAGUUUUUCUCCUCCUCAAGCUCCAUCCCUCUCUGGCUGGCGCUCCCCCUGAGCAUAACUUAGGUGGCUCGGUCUCGGCGGUGUCCACAAAUAAAUCUGAAUGCAGCAAGGCAGAGCCAUGCGCAAAGGGGGUGCUCUUACCCAUUUGGGAGCCCCAAAACCCUUCAUUUGGUGACAAGGUAGCCAGGGCAACAGUUUACUUUGUGGCUCUGGUUUACAUGUUCCUGGGUGUGUCAAUCAUUGCUGAUCGUUUCAUGGCAUCCAUAGAGGUCAUCACGUCACAGGAAAAGGAGAUUACCAUCAAGAAACCCAAUGGGGAAACCACCACCACCACUGUCCGGAUCUGGAACGAGACCGUCUCUAAUCUCACCCUCAUGGCUUUGGGCUCUUCAGCUCCAGAGAUCCUGCUGUCUGUCAUAGAAGUUAUAGGUCAUGGGUUCAAUGCUGGAGCACUUGGCCCUUCUACCAUUGUUGGCUCUGCUGCGUUCAACAUGUUUGUCAUCAUUGGCCUCUGUGUCUACGUCGUACCUGAUGGCGAAACGAGGAAGGUUAAACAUCUUCGCGUCUUCUUCGUCACGGGAACCUGGAGCAUCUUUGCUUACAUCUGGCUCUAUCUGAUCUUGUGUGUUAUCUCACCUGGCGUGGUGCAGUUGUGGGAGGCGCUGCUCACAUUCUUCUUCUUCCCCAUCUGUGUGUUGUUUGCAUGGGUUGCAGACCGCCGUCUGCUGUUCUACAAGUAUGUGUACAAACGCUACCGCACUGGCAAACAGCGUGGCAUGAUCAUUGAGACCGAGGGAGACCGUCCCCUACCUUCCAAGGUGGACAUUGAAAUGGAUGGGAAGAUGCUGAACUCUCAUGGUGUUGACUUCCUGGAUGGUCCACUGGGUUUGGAUCUGGAUGAGAAGGAUCUGGAUGAGGAGGAGACACGCAGAGACAUGGCCAAGAUCCUGAAGGAGCUGAAACAGAAACAUCCUGACAAGGAGGUGGAACAACUUAUUGAACUUGCCAACUACCAAGUACUGAGCCAGCAGCAGAAGAGCCGCGCCUUUUAUCGAUGCCAGGCCACCCGACUGAUGACAGGCGCUGGCAACAUCCUAAAGAAACAUGCAGCCGAUCAGGCACGAAAGGCCGUUAGCAUGCAUGAGGUUCGCUCUGAUGUUGGUGAUAACGAUCCCAUCUCCAAGAUCUACUUUGAGCCUGGCUCUUACCAGUGCCUCGAGAACUGUGGCACUGUGGCAGUGAAUGUAGUGAGACGUGGCGGCGAUGUGGGCAAAACUAUUUCUGUGGAGUAUCGCACGGAAGACGGCACAGCUAACGCAGGCUCGGACUACGAAUUCACAGAGGGUGUGGUGGUCUUCAAGGCUGGUGAGACAAUGAAGGAGAUCCGAGUGGGGAUCAUUGACGAUGACAUCUUUGAAGAAGACGAAAACUUCCUGAUUCACCUUUCCAAUGUCAAGGUGUUGUCAUCAGAAGGGGAGGAGCUAGAGGAAGGCGAGUCAGCUAAUCAUGUGGACUCAGUGGCAUGUCUCGGUUUACCCGCCUCAGCAACAGUUACCAUCUUUGAUGACGACCACGCCGGUAUCUUUACCUUUGAGGAGCCUGUAUGCCAUGUGAGCGAGAGUGUUGGCACCAUGGAGGUGAAGGUGCUGAGAACGUCGGGGGCUCGUGGCUUGGUCAAUGUGCCAUACAAGACAGUGGAGGGAACUGCACGAGGUGGUGGAGAGGACUUUGAGGACACACACGGCAUCCUGGAAUUUCAGAACGAUGAGAUCUUGAAGACCUUUACACUUAGGAUCUUAGACCGGGAGGAGUACAAUAAGCAGUCCUCCUUCUACAUUCUGCUUGAUACCCCCCAAUGGAGACGCAGCACGAAGGAAUGGACAGAGGAAGAUCAGAAGGAGACAGAGGAAGAAGAAGAGCCUCUGGCAGGGAAAGAUGAAGAGGAAAGGCGCAUCGCUGAGAUGGGCCGUCCCAUGCUGGGAGACCACGUGAAACUGGAGAUCAUCAUAGAGGAAUCAUAUGAGUUCAAGAACACAGUGGAUAAGCUGAUAAAGAAGACCAACCUGGCUCUGCUGGUUGGAACCAACAGCUGGAGAGACCAGUUCAUAGAGGCCAUCACUGUGAGCGCAGGUGAGGAUGACGAUGAUGAGGAGUGUGGGGAGGAGAAGCUGCCAUCAUGUUUUGACUACGUCAUGCACUUCCUCACGGUGUUCUGGAAGGUUCUGUUCGCCUUCGUCCCACCCACAGACUACUGGAGUGGCUGGGCCUGCUUUGUUGUCUCCAUCUGUAUGAUCGGACUGCUCACCGCUGUCAUUGGGGACCUGGCCUCUCAUUUUGGCUGCACAGUGGGUCUGAAAGACUCAGUCACAGCAGUUGUGUUUGUUGCAUUGGGAACCUCUGUACCAGAGUGUUAUGAUGCAGUCUGCCGACAGCAACAUGUAUCAUCCUCUAAACCUGAAGAACUACCAACGACGGCAACGGCUGGCUAA